GUUCCCACGUUACCCGCUGCCCGGCCAUUUUCCCAUCAGUUUAAACUUCGCUUUACAUUUUUAUUUUAUUUAUUUCUCCCAUUUCCCUAUAUUUAUAUCUCUUUUUCCCUUCCUUUACUCCACACCCCACCCCCACCCCCACCCCGCCUUUCUCUCUAUCCCUCUAUCCGAUCUCAGCUCAGGUGUAAAAUUAAUGGCUCCCACAGAGAAAGCGGCGGCGUUGGCGGCGUUGGCGGCGGCGGCGGCCGCAGGUUGUGGGAGGUUUCGCGAAAUUCAGAAGGAGCAGGCGCAUUUCAGGGGUGUCCGGAAGCGGCCCUGGGGGCGGUUCGCCGCGGAGAUCAGAGAUCCCGGGAAGAAGAGCCGCGUUUGGCUAGGGACGUUCGACACCGCCGAGGAUGCCGCCCGGGCUUACGACAAAGCCGCCAGGGAGUUCCGUGGCCACAAGGCCAAGACCAAUUUCCCGGCGCCGGAGGAUCUCAAUUUCGCGUCCCUGUUUGACGCCCAAAAAACAGGGGCGGAUCGCCGGAGCCCGAGCCAGAGCAGCACCGUCGAGUCCUCGAGCCUCGAUGGCGGCGGCCGCGUCCCGUCUUGUCCGGAUCCCGCCUCCGCAUUCACCUUCCAGAACAACCACCCCUUCGUGUAUCCCGCCGGCGGCCAGAUGUUUUACAUCGACGCGGUUGCGCGUGCGGCGGCGAUGAACCCACCUCCUCCCGAGCGCCGACGAGUACCGGACACGCUGAAUCUGUUCGGCGGGGACCGCCCCGAGUGCGAUUCUUCUUCCGUCCUCAACUUGAACGGCGGCAGAGCCGGCCUCAUCGAUCUCAAUCUGCCGCCGCCGCCUGAAUGUUACCUUAAGUUGUAAUUUUUUGUAUAGGUUAUGCCGAUCUCCCUUUCUCUCGAUCUGCAACAGAGGAGAGGCUAUCAAUUCUGCGGCGUUUGAUCUGAAGAGUUUUCGAGAUUUUGUUAUACCAAAAAUCAAUAAUAGUCAUAGAUUUUGUAAUUCCUGUUUAAGUUCUAUUAAAAUAGAUCACCAUAAUCAAAUUUAGCUUUUCUGGGAAUAUUUAUUUAGUCUAUAGAUUUUACAGAUCUUCAUUUUGUAGAUAUAUUUGAUUGAAGUUGAAGUACUGUACUGGCGAUUUGUGUCGGGAAAUGAGGGCCAACAGUUGUGAAUGAUGAUUUGUCAUAUGGCUGCCAUGACGGUAUCCGUGAGAUGGAUGACGGUCACUAGUAAUAUUAUUGCAGAGUCUGAUGGUGGUGUCGGCAAUGGUGCAGAGUGUGAUGGUGGUAGAGUGGUGAUGUUGUCGAUGUCAGUGAAAAAUAAAAGGGCCACAAUGUU